CCCAAAUCAUAACUGAAACAAACAAUAACUCUUGCACAUUAAUUCAUCACUUAUGCUAUACGUUUCUUCCAUUUUUAUCUCUAAUUCGAAUUGUUGCCUUUAUUACAUAGUCAACUAUUAUACCUAGUGGGUCGGACGUUUCUAUCAAUAAAAUACUACGGCCCAAUGGGCUAGUUAUUUCUCGGGCCCAACAUUUGGCCCCAAUUCAUGAUGGAGAUGGCGCGCAGAACGAGUAUAUUCAUCAUGAAUUUGAACACUCGUCAACUGUUCCCCAUAGAUACACUCAGCCGUCUGUUUCUCUGAUUGAGCCGCCCCUUCCUCUCUUUCCUUGUUGAACUCACCGUUCUUCGUCUGCAAUCUGCCAUACCGUCUUCCUCACUUGCUUUCAAGCUCCCUUUCGCCCAUGGAUCACAUUGUCUUCAAGAGUCAGGGUGCCUUUGAGGCUAAGAACUUGCGUGCCGGUGACAUUAGGGCCAGGGAUAAGGAAGAGAUCGAGUCUGCCUAUGGUUUUCCUCCUUUCUUUCGAAUCCACUACCCUCGCCGAUCUGAGCGGGUGGAUUGGACAUGCCCGGGUUGAGUUUCCUUCUUCCAAUACUCAUUCAAAGAAGCUUGGGGUUCAGUACCCUUUCUCCGAACUUGUGAGUGGAUUUCUAGCCCUACCUCAGGUCUCGCCUUGUCAAGUCAUGCCUCAAACUUGGCGUUUACUUCGGUCCCUGGAGGUUUUAAUUGAGAAGAAUGGGUUGAAAUUUACCUCUCGUGACCUCGUUCUCACAUACGACCUUCGUACCUCCGGGAAGAGCCGCUUUAUCUUGACCCUCAAAACUGGUAGGAACCCGUUGAUACUCGGGAUUAGCAAUGCAAACGAUCGAGGUUGGAUGGAGAAAUUCUUCUUUGUGGAGAGGGCCUCACUGGGCGAGCAUGGGAAUGGCCUGAUGGACAGCCUGAGGAUAUCUGGUAUGUAUUUCGUCUCCCAGUCAUGAACAUGUCUGCCCUUUAUUUUCCCCCUUUUUUGUCAAUUCAAUUGUUAUUUCGUUUCCGUACCUUGCCAGGAGACACGAAAACCUUCCCCUUGAAAGUCGAUCAGGGUGCUGAGGAGAGGACUGAUACCCUUCUGGCCUUGGAUCGUGAAACCCGACUUUAUUCUUCCCUCAAACCGUCAUUUCGAGUUCAGAAAAAGAUGAAGAUGAUACCCUUAGCAUUACUGGCGAUGCAUCUACUCCACUUGCUACGGAUGAAUGCGCUUUUGCAUCGCGUACUCCAAUUGGUGCAGCCCCUCCAGUUCCUGUUGUUGACAUUUCAUCUUCUUCCACAGUCCGUAAGGCUCUAAACCCGACCGAGCUAUUGAAUUUGACUUCUAAAAGGAAGAAAAUGAUGCCCCCUCUCCCUCCUGUGUGCGGCCCUUCUAAUGUAACCACCCGUUCUAUACCUCCUUCUUCUUCGAAAUCCGAUUUGAAAGCGGGCCCUGUGGGACGUACCUUAAUAAAGGCUUAGUUUUCUGCUGACUUUUGCCGUUUAGACAACACCUUGCACAUGAUAAAUGAGAUGCCACAGGUACUUUUUCCCUCCACCCUCGAAGUCUUCUCUGCUUUUGGAGAAGUGGAACUAUUGACAGCGUUUUCGGCACUUGCAUUCCAGGUAAAGGUGUAAUCUGUGGUUUGGCUUGUAUUUUAGUUGUCUUCGGCUAUCAGGAUGACCAAGGGUUGGAUAUUUGUUUUAGAUUGUUCAAGCUAGCCUUGCAGCGUCCAAGUGUGUGGAGGCUUUGAAGGCCGAAUUGUCAGCAUCCAGAAAGCGUGAAGAGGAGGCGAAGGAAGAGCUAUGAGAGGUAGCUCAGUUGAAGCUCAGGUUGGAGGAGAAGGUAGUCUUCCAGGACCAGAAGACCGAAGCUUUGACUACAGAGGUGAAGACGAAGGCGUCCAGGAUCAAGUUGUUGGAGGAAUAUGGGAGGAAGAAACGGCAGGAAGUGGUGGAUGCUGUUGGAUACUACACUUGGCAGACAAGGACAUAUAUAAUGGCAGAGUAUCUUGCAGGCGAAGCGAGCAAUUGGAACCCCCGGGAGGACAUCGACACCUAGGCUGAGCACUACGAGUGGAUGGAGCCUCCUGUUGGUGAUGAUGGUUUUGACCUUGAUGUUUGUGACAAUGAAGCUACUUCUGAAGCUACUCCUUGAUCCUGAUUUAUGUUCAAGUUAGCUAUCUUUGGACAACUGCUUCAAACUCUCAUUUUAUUUUAUUUUUUGGACAACAUUCAACCACGUCGACCGGUGGUUUAUCCGGUGUCCGGUGGCUUAUUGCUAUUACUGCUGCCUUCGAGUUGGUACUCUGACAUUUUGGGGUUUGGCUUCUUUUGUGUGCAUGUGCAGUUGUGUUCACCUGUUUGUGCCUGUGCAUUACCUUUGUUUGUAGACUGUAUGUAUAUCUAUUGUUUUGGCCAAAAACGUGUAAGGC